AAUCCUCAUUUGAUCCACAAAUUAGAGAUCGUUGCAUAGAUUUUCUCUCCACCCUUUUUCUUGCAGAGCAAUCUUGUAGCAGACGCCGUCUUCCUCAUCGGAUAUGGGCCGGAAAUUCUUCGUCGGCGGUAACUGGAAAUGCAAUGGAACGAGUGAAGAGGUGAAGAAGAUUGUCUCAACACUCAAUGCAGGCGAAGUGCCGCCUCAGGAUGUUGUUGAGGUUGUUGUAAGCCCCCCGUUUGUGUUUCUUCCAUUAGCAAAGAGUUCUCUUCGACCUGAUUUCCUUGUGGCUGCCCAAAAUUGUUGGAUUAAAAAAGGUGGUGCUUUCACCGGUGAGAUUAGUGCCGAAAUGCUUGUCAACCUGGAUAUCCCUUGGGUCAUUCUAGGUCACUCAGAAAGAAGACUUAUCUUGGGCGAAUCAAAUGAGUUUGUUGGGGACAAAGUAGCGUAUGCUCUCUCUCAAGGUUUGAAGGUCAUUGCCUGUGUUGGAGAAACACUUGAACAGAGAGAAGCAGGAACUACCAUGGAUGUUGUUGCUGCACAAACAAAGGCAAUUGCAGAUAAAGUAUCUGAUUGGUCUAAAGUUGUCAUAGCCUAUGAGCCAGUUUGGGCCAUUGGAACUGGAAAGGUUGCCACACCAGCUCAGGCCCAAGAAGUACAUGCUGAACUGAGGAAAUGGCUUGAAUCAAAUGUGAGUUCUGAGGUGGCUUCCUCAACUAGGAUCAUCUAUGGAGGAUCGGUUAGUGGUGCAAAUUGUAAGGAAUUGGCUGCAAAGCCCGAUGUGGAUGGGUUCUUGGUAGGAGGAGCUUCUCUCAAGCCGGAGUUCAUUGACAUCAUCAAGUCCGCUGAAGUGAAGAAAAAUGCAUGAGAUAUGAUAUGUUUUUGAAAUUUGCAUUUUAUGUUUUUGNCCCCCCAUUGCUGGCAGACACGUAUUUUUUUCAAAAUAAAGGGUGCUGACGUGUUGUAUACUUGUGUUUGGGAUGAGCUCUAAGCCCUUCCCUAGUUUCCCUGAAAGAGUUUGUGCCCGUUUGGCAACCCCUUGAAACAUUUGAAUAGAUUUUCUCAGUACUACCAGUAAUGUU